UCACACCAUAAAUCAGAAAACAAAACAUUCCGCAAAAACGGUUUUAUUAUCAGUUUGAAGUUAAAGAUUACCAUUAUUUACGAAAGAAAAUUGGGGGCGACACCAUGACAAAGGAGCACUGGAUGCGGGAUCUGCCAAUGGCAUUGCGCGACAUGUCCAUCAUUAAUCUGGCUAUUCCAGGUUCCCAUAACUCUAUGACCUACGGCAUAAGCAGUAAAUCAAGACUGGCGCCAGAUGCAGACAGCACGGUAAGGCGAUGGCAUCGCUUCUUCCCAUGCUUUGUUCGCCGGUGGAGCAGGACACAGUCCUCCGGCGUAGUUGAGCAACUGCAGCUUGGUGUGCGGUACUUUGACCUUCGGAUAGCUCAGAAGGAUGACAAGUUUUACUACUGCCACGGCCUGUUUUGCAUGGAGGUGUUUGAGCCCCUAUUGGAGCUUCGUAACUUCCUGGACUCCCAUCCCGAGGAGGUCGUCAUCCUUGACUUGCAACACUUCUACGCUCUCACAGUGGCCCAUCACCAGCAACUCCACAAGGAUCUGAUCACCUUUUUCGGCCAUCGUCUCUACUCCACCGCAGAUGGAUCCCUUAAGGAUUGUACUCUGAACCGGUGCCUUGAGAUGCGCCGCCAAUUGGUAAUCAUCUAUAGGAGGUGUCCCAUUCCGCUUCCCCUGCGUUUUUGGCCAAGUUAUGCUUGGCCAACCCCCUGGCCAAAUAAGUCGAGUGUAAAACAGUUGCAAUCAUUUCUGGAGGAUUCCCUCCUCUCUCGGCAGCCCCAACAGGGUUAUGUAUCUCAGUGCCUCAUAACGCCCACUGGUCGUUAUAUUGCCUUCCGCCUCUUCUUCACAUUGAAGAGCACAGCCAAGCGGGUAGAUAAGAAGCUUCAUCCGUGGAUAGCAGACCAAAUACCCGGCCCCUUUGAGCCUAAAGAGGAGCCCAAGGUGAAUGUUUUUCUUGCCGAUUUUGUAAACCUUAAGGAUGGACAGUGGUGUGAUUGGGUACUGCAGCUCAACACAAAGUUGCAGGAACGCAUCACGAAUGAGACUCUGCAGGAGGGUGAAGUAUCAUGAUGUUAUUGGUCAAAUAAAAGAGUUUAUCUAGUGGUGCUAUUAUUUUUUACCUUUUAUAUAAAUAUGCAAAACACAUGUUAAAGUUUUACAUUAGAUAUAUAUGAUUAAAACAGGUCGGUGCACAAACAAAACCAAUUAA